UAUCUUUGAGUCUUGGCCUGUUUGCGUAUUGGCUUUGCUGACGUCUCUUUUAGCAGGGAUAAUCAUUUGGAUUUUGGACUCGAAAGCAAACCCGGAGCAUUUCCCGAGGACGUUUUUUAAGGGAGCUGGUGCUGGCUUCUGGUGGUCUUUUAUCACCAUGUCAACUGUUGGAUAUGGUGACCGCUGUCCUCAGUCCGUCCCAGCCAAGUUAUUCGCGAUAGUCUGGUUUCUAGUCGGACUUGUAAUUUUUGCUCUGUUCCUCGGAACUUUGACAUCAUUGCUAACUGUGACAGUGGUUAGGAUUCGCACGGAUGCAAAUAGUCUGAGCUCGUCUGGUGAUGGCAAGGUUGCAGUAGUUGCCAACUCGUCCUCACAUCAAGUGGCCGUUAAAAAAUUUCCCAACAAGCUAGCCAUCGGAUCUACUUUCCCAGAUUUAAACUCCAUGGUUGAAGCUUUGAGAAAUGGCAACAUAAGUUCAAUGUUACUUGAUAUGUACGUUCCAGUCAAGAGAAAAGAUCUCUUUAACGGCUCCUGGUUUCAUGUCUCGGACUUUCUAGAGGGUGAAAUAGCGCAUGGUAUUCUUCUACAAGGUGAAGGAGUCAGUCUUGCAAAACAAUUGAAAAAUGUGAUGGAAGUGAACAACGUAGAGGCAGAAUUCUUAAAACAGGAUGACGAGGCUACAGAGCAAUCUGAAGAGGAAGAGACUGAGUCUACAUCAGUCGUGUUCUUUGAACCCAGCAGUCCUUACUUCCUGAACACGAUGGUGGUCAGUGUUGGACUCCUAUUACUCGCUGUUACGUGUGGUUUGUUUUACCAGGCCUUUUGUUAUAGGUCAUGCUGUAAAAGAAAAAGCAAAGGAACCUGCAGAUGUAAAAUCAUGAAGCAGGACAUCUCUGAAUCAUUGGAAAUAUUUCAUCAUAGUUUUUCUCAAACAUAUCAUCGACUGCGCGAAAGACAAAUACGACUACUCCAACUUGGGAUGAAAAGAAAACGGGCCGAUUCCAAGGAAUCGAACACGAUAUAUGACGACGACAUAAUUCUUGCAAGAAUGUAUUAAAUUUGGAGUAAGGAAGUCUCGCUACUUCAAGCAUAUGAGCGUGGAACAUAAAUGUAUGACUGUGCAAAACAGCAUCAGGUCCAAAAGAGAUCUAAUUCCAAAUCGACCUGGAAAGAGUGGACAAGAGGAUCCAGCUCGUGGAAUGUCCAUACUAAAUCCCAUUUAUUUAUUUAUUUAUUUAUCCAAAAGGCUCCUUCUGCCUGAGCUUAUCCCAGCUUCUGUAGCAUAUAAAAGCGACUAGGAGUAUUUAUAUAUCCUCUGGAUGAGGUGCCAGUCUAUCGCCAGUGACCAUCCUCCCAACGCAUUUUCUCAGGAUUUUCCUUAUAGUUCGCUAGCUUGUUCAAAUCUUGGGUGAAAAGAGGCUCUAAGUGUGUUGAUUGGCUUGCCUCAAACACAAAGCAAACAAUAACUAGUGAUCGGACUUCCAUAUAGACCAAAAUUCUAAAAAAGGUGAGCACUAAGUCAACGCAUCUCACACUAAUUUUGGUUAAUUCGAUGAGAGGUAGUCUUAAUUAUUUACAUCAUGUGGAUAUGACCGAAAACGCGUUCGUAAGAACAUAUUUUAGUCCUGUUGAGUUUAUUCAUGCAGAGAUAAGUAAAAUCACGAACAUCACGUAAGAGUAAACGUCUUUAAGCAUUAAAUGUGUCAAGAUUACAAAAUUGUUAGAUUGAAACAUAUUUAAAAUACAAAGUAGAAAAAUUGCGUUCUGUUUAACAAAUAGAGAAGCCAUGACUAUGCUCUGUUCUGUUAUAAAGCACGCAGGAAGCGGCUAGAGCACGAAAGAAACACGAGACGCCUGGUAUGUUUACAAACCUUUGUUUGGUUCUCCUGUUGCUACUUGCCGGCUCGCUUGUUCCGAAAUUUCACUUUCAAUUAUCGAAAAAAAGCUAGAAAGAAGUCUCGGAAAAGGUCGAACAUAGUACAAUUUGGCAGGUGGCGUGACAGCUUUAGCUCAGCUCUAUGCUCUGUACUCUCAUAGAGAACACUCUUUCAACCAAUGACAGCGCGCGUUAUAUCCGAGCUUUAUUAUAAUAAAAAU